GUAGGUGGCGCUAUUACUAGUCGGGUUUGUUUAUUUUUAGCAGCUGGUCGAAAUUAUUGACGAACAAAGUUAAGGACGACUGACCAAAAAGAGAUUUGGUGUAGCCUGUGAAGUGGUUAGGUUGUGCUGUUUAGGCUUUAGUGCCAUAACAUAACGCCAUGGAUGUCCUAAAACCACCUAUUGUGAAUAUAGGUGGAAGACUGUAUCGAAAAAACCCACUAUCCCAAACCAACCAGUCAUGGAAUGAAGCUGAGGAAGAUGAAGUCCCAUAUGUUGAAGAUGAUAUUGCGUGUGAUGAUGGACCUUGUGGCCUGGAUGACAUAAAACACACAGAAAAAGGAUAUGAAAUAAAGAUGGAUGUACCUAGUGGUUUUUACGGUCUCAUAAUAGGAAAGAAAGGGGAAACGAAAAGAAGGAUUGAAACAGAAACAAAUGCAAAAAUUUUUGUACCAAAAGGACAACAAGAAGAAGAAAUAACCAUAAACUCAGAAGCCAGAAAAAAUGUCAUCGCUGCAAGAGAUCGAAUCGCUCUUCUGGUGGAGUCUGCUCGACAGAGGCAGCCAUUCACACACUUCCUCUCAAUACCACUGGUCACCCCAGAGACUAAAGAAGCCGUCCAGCAGUUCAAAAGUGAUGUCCUGAGUUCAUGUUCAGAGUCUGAAGGAUUGGAUGAGACAAUGUUUCAGAAGCCUGAACAUCUUCACUUGACUUUAGGAACAUUGGUAUUGAUGAAUAAACAUGAAGUGGAAAAGGCCACAAUCCUGCUUCACAAGUGUAAAACAGAUAUUAUCAGUGCUAUCCUUCAAAAUCAACCAUUAGAAUUAUCCAUCUCUGGCUUAGAAUAUAUGAAUGAUGACCCGGCUCAGGUGGAUGUACUGUAUUGUAAUGUUCAGCCUACAGACAACUCUAACAAGCUGCAACUCCUGGCAGACAGUCUUGUUGAGCAGUUUGUUAGCGAAGGCUUAAUGCAGAGGCAAUAUGAUCGUGUGAAGAUCCAUGGUACGUUGAUCAAUAGCCUAUUCAAUAAAGAACCUGAUGGAGAAAAGGGAAACUGGGAUAAAGGUCGUGGCAAAGGUUACCGGAAGGAACAGAAAAAGAGGAAGUCCUUUAAUGCGCGGUCUAUUCUUGAGAUUUUUAGUGAUUAUAAUUUUUCAACUUGUCAUCUAGAUGAAAUACACAUUUCAGUAAAAGGCUCCAACUCUGAAAAUCAAUUUUACAGAAAUGAGGGUUUUAUAUCUUUACAGUAGUCCAGAGGCAAGUAUUUUAAUAAAUGGUGACAUAAUACAUUAUUAUUUAUGUUACAGUGCAAUCUCAUGUAUUAUUCACAUGCUAAUUCGUAGAUUAAAGGGUUUCAUCAUUUUCACUACCGAAAGAACAACAUACGUUUAUAGUUUGCUCAAAGUUAAUGUAAAGUAUUCAUACUUAUAAAGAGAUACGAUACGAUAAGAAAUUCAUUGGUACCAAGCUAUCUUUGGUAAAAUCUGGAAUAAUGCUAAAAAAUCAUUAAAAAUGAUGAAUUGAAAACAA